AUGGAGCCGCAGCCCAGGGACCCGGCCCGCGAUGCCGUGAACAGCCCCCCCAGAGUCCCCCGCGCAACUCGAGGCCUUACCAUGUUUCCCGUCCGCGAGAUACUGCUGUCUUGUCCCCCGCUUCCCGAGGCCGUGUCUGUGCUUUCGAGGUCUCUCGCUCUGGACGCAGAGUUGGCGUCGGUGCCGCCGUUUUUUCGAGGCUCUGGCUCAUCUUGCUGCUCGAUGUCCGAGAGCGCAUGUCGACGCAGCACCCCGAAACUCGUUUCUGUCGACAGCUGCCUUCUUGGACUUCCUUUCUUGUUUUUUUUGAGAAGAGAAGGG